AUGACCGUGGCACAGCAAAAUCAACAACAGAUCGAGCAGCUGCAGCCACCAUUGUCGGCAUGGUCACCCCCUCCAGAACCACCACUCCAACAGCGACAGGAUCUCUUCGCUCCCACUUCCACCGCUGUGUCGACCAGUGUGUCCGUCAGCGUCAGCGUGUAUACCUCGACGUCCACUGAGACGUCGACGUCGACGGCCGUCGCCACCUCCACCACCACAGCCACCGACUCGACACGCGUCUUGCCCCUAUUUUAUCUCGACGAGCGUGCCUUCGAGGGCCUGCCCUAUACCGUGCUGCAUCGUGUCUGCGGCAGCGUCGCGGGGGUCGACGCCGACGGCGGGGCCACGACCUUUGUCAUCACCACGACACGUAUCGAUCUCGUGGCGACGGCGACGGCCAUGAAUAGCACGGGGGAGGCUGCUACGGCCCUGGAGGCGGCGUCUUCGACGGACACGAAUCUGUCGACCACGACCAUGACCACGACCACCCGCCGCUCCCACAUCUCACCCACCGCUAGCAUCAUCACCGCCAGCAGCUCCUGGGCCAACAAUGCCACCGGCCCGCCGUCCACCAUCACCCAGGGCCCCUCGACCUUUGUCUUCACGGGCACACGCUUCGGCGACCCCAGCCGCACUCUUGUGAACCAAUGCCGGCUGAGCGGCACGAGCUCGGCGCGCUGCAAUUUGACGCACGUGGGACCCAUCUGGUACACGGCGGACGCCAACUGGAAUGGCACGUACUCGACGUACAACUACACGUGGACGAGCGGCGACCGCUAUGGAUUUGCGCCGUGCACCGUGACGGCGGGUGUGAGUUUGCUCGGACCACCGACGGCCGUGGUGGCGGCGCCGUCAUCGACCAACGGUGCUGCACGAGCUGGGGCGCCGUGGCGAGGAGAACGGGAGAAGACGGUGGCACCAAGAGCAAUGGCAUCUCUGGUGUCUUUUUUGUUGUCACCGGAGCUGCGGAAUGUUGUCUGGCCGCUGUUUGCCAUGCUUGGCUGUCUUGUCGGAUUGUUUGCCCUGGCGUGA